AUGAGGACUCGCUUCCUCGCCGCCGACUACUUCGCCUCCCAAUCCCCGAUCGAAACACUAAGAGACUUCCAGUUCCUCCCCCUUCCGCCGCCUCAUCUCUCCCCUUUUGAUCCUCCUCUCGGCGUCGAGAUCCCUUUCUUCGAUCUCGAUCUCCGCUUUCCUUCCGAAAUCGAUGGAUUUCCCAUCGAGAAUGCCCUCUCUCAGUUCCUCUCCGACGUUAUCCCUCGGUUUCUUUAUGCUGGAGAGGGGAUUUCCGUCGAUUCCCGCUCUCGGAAGAGAGAGCUGCAGCGAUUUCGGUCGGGAUCGGCCGAGAUCGGCGUAUCUGAGAGAAGAGAUGAUGGAUUCUGGGAGGAAAAGAACCGGGAGAGUUGGGAAUGCUUCAGCGCUGGAGCAGAUGCUGUUGAUGUAUUAGAUGAAGUAGCGGAUUUUAUUCAUGAAGAGAAGAGAGUAGAGAAGUGUUCAGAUUCUGUCAAUAAAACUCCAGAGAGCCAGAGGAGCAAAUUACAGAAAGAAUUACGGUUUGAAAUAGUGGAAGUGGAGCUCCCCCUGAGAGAGACUAUGAGCUCCUGUGAAGCAGAGGAGGCUGGGUUCUGCUUUGAAAUUCCGAAUAUUAAAAUUCCUCUGGAUAUUAUUGACAUUGAAGUCGGAGUAACAAUCACACAUCCCAUUAGGGUCGCAAAGUCACUUUUUUCGGUGGAAGAUAUUUCUUCCAAACUCAAUGAUGACCAGGACACUUUUUCUGUGAAACAUAUUAGCUCCUCCCCGGACAGGACAUUGAAUCAGUGUAUCAGAUUGCCCCAAUUUGAGGUCUGUGAGAAUGGUUGGGAGCUUGAUGACAGUAUUUCCACUAUAGAAGCACUUGAUUCUUUACUUCCUAUUAUCAAACCCUGGCAUGGGCCACAAGAUGAUGGGCUCGUGGUUAAUGCAAAAGAGUUUUUGGGAUCUGCUAAUAUAGAUCUUUUGGAGCAUUUUUCGGGGGAUGCUCCAUCACAAGAUUGUCCUGGACACGAACCUAUCUCCCUCAAUUCUGUGUUAGAAAUGGACUAUAUAAAUUUUGCAGAUAAUAUGCUCCUUGAAAGUAGUUCAACAAUCUAUCAAAUUGCCCCUGAUGGAGCUUGUUCUUAUUCAUCAAGCUCUUUCCAUUUACAGGAAGGCCAGAUUUUUGAUUUUCUUUUGGGUGAUGUCUUCCAAAUGUUUAUCAACUCAGAAAUAGCCAAGAAACUGGAUGUGUCUGAGCAGAUGUUCAAAGAUGAAAUGGAUCUUGCAGAAAACUUAUAUGAAUCUGUUGUUAGUUCUGAGUUGGCUCUGGCAGAUGAUGUGUUCAGAUCAUUGCCUACACCCAUUCUUUCUGAUGAUAAAGCAAUUAAAUCACUGACUAUAAUUGUUGGAGAUAUACUAAGUGCUCUCAAACCACAUUCUCUAUCUGCAUGUGAUGGAAUUUACUUAGAUUGGCAUCUGUUGCUGGAAGGAACAUGCAAUCGUGAAAUUUGCUCUACUUUUAUGAGCAUUCUAGAGGAGAUUAGUUGUGAAGGGAUACAAUGUGAUUUGCAAAACGAAUCUCAGGAAGUGGUAGCUAUUGACAUUGGUUUCUUCGAUGAUUUUCAGGAAAGGGUAACUACAUUAUAUUGCAAUGAAGUACCAACUGAGCUCCAUACAGGUUUCAUGCUAGCUAGCAAUCUGCAUGCUAAAUCUGAACUUACUCAGAUGCUUAACGAUGGAAAUUAUGAAACUAGCAGUUCAGAAAACAAAGGAACUAAGCCAAACAUGAAUUCCGAAAGGAUUUCUUCAUUAUUUGAGUCAACGUCACAAUCCAGUGAUCUCAACUUCUUCUUGGAUGUGAGAAGAGGCACUCCUAGGAUGAAUUGUGAGGAUGGAACCAUGAAGAGAACUUGUAGCAAAGUCACACAACCUGUUGCUUCUUUGAAAGAGCAAUCCAUUCCAUGUAUCAUCCCUGAAGAAAAGUUCCAGAAGUGGGAUAUUGAAAUCCAUCAAAUUAGCCUUUCAGAUCUUAUUUUAGGCCUUAUUGAUCAUAUUCACCAUAGUUUUUUAGCCAUCUUUGAAGAAAAUGCUUAUUUAAGAGAGAAAAUAUUGUUCAAAAUGGCUAAUUGUUUUGAAGUUUUAAGCCUUCCAAAGCAAAAGCUGCUGGGGCUGAUUAAUGAAAAAUUUGCAAGCCAGUUCAACUUAGGCAGUAAGGAUGAAGAUGCCAUGGCACUUGUUGGAAUUUAUGCUCUUAAGCAGUUGGCAUAUUACUUGUGCAUUUUUGGUGUCCAUACUGCUCAUCUAUAUCUAUGCAAUUUGACAAGAAGCAUUGACUAUAUGGCAGAAAAAUUAAGAUGCCUCAAGUCCUUAAUUGAAGAUGUGCACUGGAAAGCUGAGAAGCAGUUAAUUGAAUCCCAUCCAUCGCUGUCUCAUAUUGAGAGUGUUCUUAGGUCAAAUAUUCACAAUGACAAAAAGAUACUGAUUGUAGCCGAGAGAGUUUUUUGGUUGCCUUUGACUCGGAAAUUAACUUCCAUGAGGAUAAAAUCUCAUGAAGUAAGGCAUGCCAAUUCAUCUGCAAAACAAUUUGGUUCUCUGGAAAAUAUUGAAUUUACAAAUUCUGUAUUGGAAGGUCUGCUGCAUUCAAAAUGCCUAUUGAUAUGCCACGAGAAUGUUUUGCCUUCAUUUCCUUUUAACAAAUUCAGCAUCAUCUUGGAAUAUGGAGGUUCAUAUGGAUCAUCAAGAUUAUCCUCUAUAUGUCUAAAUUUAGAUGGUUUGCCUCGACUUCACUUCUUCCAUGUUAAAUUGGAACAUCAUAAUCUUCCUGCUUUGCUUUGUGAAGGCUUUGUAUCCCAGCAUCCCAAGUCUACAAUGGAAGCAGUCUCAGAAUUCAUGCCAAAUCUGCAGACGGUCCUGAACAGCCAGCACAUGGUAGAAAUCCUAAAUUUUGUGCCAACAGAGGAGAAGAGUUGUGUUUCUUCUGCAUCUGCAAAUCAAGUAGAUGACUCUCAUGACGUUGAGUCUGUUAACAUUCUGUUCCCAAUGAGAUCAAAGAAUAUAGAGUCGGUCAUGCAUUCCUUCCCUGAUGUAGUCAUCGUUGUUAAUACCCAAAGUUGUAAAAAAAAAAUGCUCAUGUCUCGAAGGUCUUCAUAUCAAAAAAUUUUAGCAAUGGAGAAAGGGGGAGUGCAAGUUGUGGAGCGAGAAAUAGAUCUACCUCUGGACCUAAUCUUCAGUGCUGCAGUUUGCCUGGUAUGGUAUGAGGCUGGAAUUUUUGGGGACAGCGUAUCCCUGACAUUAGAAACAUCAUCUGCUCCAAUAUUCGUGGAGAACAUUGCUACCAACAUUCUGAUGUCGCUCAGUUUCGCUUUCAGUGGCUGCAUACUGAUUUUUGAGGGAGGAAGCGACUUCCUUGCGGCCAUAAUGGAGUCGUCUGAUACACUUUAUGCAGCAGCUGCUAGCCUGGAUAUGAAUUUACAGUUAUUUUGCUCAUAUAUGCCUGAAUCAACUGAUGAGCUUAUUCUGAACUGCAUUAGGAAUGUAACUAAGUUAGGUAGAGGUCUUUAUCCAGCAAUGCCUGAGUCAGAAACCCUUGGUGAAUCAUUUCUUACAAGGUUUCCUUCUAUAAAUCCAUUCUCAGCUCAUGCGAUACUUUCAUCUGGUGGUACGCUUGUGGAGGUUCUGGAGUGGUCGCAUGAGCACAGAAUUCGGGCUAUUGGGAAAUAUCAUGUAUCGGAUGAAAGCAUUUCUCUGUUCAAUACUCUCUGCAGAUAUGGGGAGAUGGGAGAAUCUAAAUCUGUAAUGACAGAAUGUUCCUCUGCAGAUUCAGAUAUCAAUAGUGGCUUAUUGCAGUCACCAAGGAAAAGGAAGAGGAAUGCCUCUCGAACCUUUUCCAUGCCUAUCAAUGAUUUCUUCUCUGAUGUGCCACUAAAUGAAACAAUUAAUGAGAUGCAGCUGCCUCAAGCUUUCCAGGCAUAUCACUUGAGAAAAUUUUCUAAUAUCCAGAAUAAAUUGAGAAAGACUGAGGGCCACAGUUUAAGUAAAAGGCAGGCAGUGAACACCUCAACAAUAAGUAAUCACGAUGGGAAUGACAAAGUUGGACGUGAGUAUCUCAAUCAAGAUUUUAGUGAUGAGGUCAUGGAUCAUAGUUACACUUUGGAUGAAAUGUUUCCUUGCAAGUCAAAAUCCUCAAGCUUCUUAAGGAGAUCAGAAUCAAGAAGUGAACCAGCAAUCAGAAGUUCCCUUCCUACUAGCAGAGAAGCGUUUAACACAAACAGUCAGUGUACCUUCCCAACCUCUGCAGGGAUCAACCAUGACAAAAAUAAAUGGACUUCUUUAAAGGAUCAAAAUAUAACUUUGGAUGACAAAAUCUUUGAAAAUACAGCCAUGAAGUCCAUAAAAAAUGACAUACAUUUCAAACAGCAAGACUAUUUGAAAGAGGAUUUUAUGCAGGACUGCACAAGAAAUAUUCUUGGUUUAUCAACUCAAGAAAGAUUGCCACCACUUUACGGUGAGAUUCCAUACCCAAGUCCAAAUCAAUCAACCAGGCCGCAACAGGUCCCUGGAUGGACAAUUGAACUUCUUCAUAGGGUCAAGAAGAAGAGCAGAGGCCAUCAGCAAACCUUGCCAUGCAAUACAUGUCUCAAUUGUACUCAGAGUUUGAAGAAUAAAGAUACACCUUCAAGAAGUCAAAGCCCCUCCAUCUUUGACAGUUACAGGUACCAAGGAAGUACCCAAACUAAGCAAACUGUCAAGCCGAAGUGGAGGAAGGAUAUUAAGGUACAGCUGAAUUCAAAUAAUGAGGAAAAGAAGUCAUCCCUCAUAAAUCCAACAUGGACCCCUAUUGACAAGAGAGCAAGACAGAAUCUGUCUUUCAUGAGAAAUGGAAAUGAAAAACAAAGCAAGCUGGUCUGGAGAAACAGAAAUAGCCCUGUUACAGGUGGUAAUCCGAGGAAAAGAUACCGACAGGAAGGUUGAUUGCCUGUUGUAUAACAAUGUGAUGCAGUUCGUUUACUUUUGAUAGAUAUCACUAGUUUCAGUCAUUUAAACAUCACUUGAACUCCUAUGUAUAAGUGACUUGUAAUUGGUUGAU